AUGUCGCCACCAAAGGUUCUAAUAGACUAUGGCUGCGAGAUUAUCGUGGCCAAUCUCCUCCACUUGGGCAAGUUUUGCUUCCAGUUCUAUUUUGUGAGACCAUGCCCCGUUGCAAGCGAUGGCUGGUCUGCCUCGCCAUCUGCCCACUGCCGCGUUCUCUCCAGCGGGACGCCGAUUUCCCCGCCGGGCUUCCGGCCCCUCGCGCCUCCCCCUCGUCCCGGUCAGGGGCCCGGCAUGGGAGCACAGGAGGAUGCUGGUUGCUGUAUGGGUGUUGUGGUGGUGCUUUCGGCCAGCUCGGCGGGUGCAGCCGAUCACUCGUCUGUGGUCAGGAGCCGGCAGCGAUGGCGCGAUCCCAGGAGGCCGAUCGCACCACCCCUCUGUCCCGAUGGCGUGCUCCCCAGGGACCCAUCGCCAUACAAAUACCCCCCAAGCCGCGCCCGAAAGCCUCCAUCCCUCGCCGAACACCCCCACCGUGCCCGGAUGUGCAGGUCAGCAGCAGCCAGCCCAUGUCCAUCCUCUGCAGCAACUGACCGAUUCGAGCACAGACUGCUCAUCUUCAAGGGCGAGCCCAUCGGCCUGUCCCACCUCAUCACCAAGCCCUCCCACUCGAUUAUCAACCAGGCCUUCGACUGCCGUCUGCGCUUAGAUGCGAGACCGGUCAACGCCGACGGAUUCGGCGUAGGCUGGUACGACGCCGAGCGCGCCGACGCCGUGCCUUGCGUCUUCCAAGCCAUCACCCCCGCCUGGUCGAACCGAAAUCUGCAUCGGCUGGCCGAGAAGAUCCGCUCUCCGCUCGUCUUUGCCCAUGUCCGGGCCAGCACGACGGGAGCGCUGAGCGAAGAGAACUGCCAUCCAUGGACCUACGGCUCCUUGCUCUGGAUGCACAACGGCAAUAUCUCCGGCUUCGCUAAGAUCAAACGCCAGCUGCAGAACGAACUCUCCGAAGAAUUCUUCCAUUUCCCCCAAGGGAGCACGGACUCGGAGUGGGCGUUUGCGCUGUUCCUGAACGAGCUGAGCAAGAUCGCGGAUCCGAAGGCGGCCAGGUUUGGCUGCGAGCAGCUGAAAGCAACGAUGCUCUUGACGCUGGCGAAGCUCAAGAGAUGGUGGAUGGAGGCGGGGGAGGCCGAGCCGAGCCGGAUGAACUUCGCCCUCACCGACGGCCACACCGUCGUCGCCACCAGGUACGUCACCAGUCUCGUCGAGGACGCCGCCAGCCUCUUCUUCGCCACCGGCUCCGCCUUCCAGCCCGCCUAUAAGCCGCCCCGCCGCCCCGCCACCCCCUCUCCCCCCGCCUUUCUCGCAGACGCACAUCUCCCAAGACCCGCCGAACAGUAUCGCAUGCAAAAGACCGACAGGAGAGAGAAGAUCGUCCUGAUCGCCUCCGAGCCGCUGACGUUCGAGAAGACGGACUGGCUGGAGAUCCCGUGCCAGACGCUGGUCCUCGUCACGCCCAAGAUGAACGUCCUGCAGUUCCCGAUCAUCGACGAGUUCGUCAACAACGUGUACAAGACUGUCGGCCGCUCGCGCUCCUCUUGA